AUGCAUAUCUCCACGCCUACGCUACGCGCUCUGACAUAUUCCGGCCACGUCCCUCAGGAGGGAGGGCUGCUUCGCUUCGAGAGUACUACCAAGAACGGAUGUCUUGUGUUUGCGCUCGUCUACGAGUUCGCGGGAGGUCAAGCUGUCGACCUGCCAUAUACCUGCCGCGCAGAGACCUACGUGGGCUUCAUUCCGCAGCUGGGAGACAUUUUGCGGCUUGCACGUUUCAAGGGUGGCUAUCUUGAGUUGGUACUACGCGUCGAUGACUUUGCGGCAGGACCCAACAAAGCCGUACCCAAAGCGGAGGACACGACGAUGGAGCCGUCGGAUCUGUCGGACAUGGAUAGUAAACCGGUCGGUGUCCGCGACGGCACCUCUGUGGCGAGUGCUAUCGAGCUCGUGGACACGGACGAUGAAGAGAGCGCCAAAGGCGAACAGGACAAGCCUCAAGACGACGAUGCCGACGACGAGGAUAUCCCUCUUUCGCAGGUAUUCCCGAUGAAGACCACUACCGGCACAGUGGCUCCUUCCAAAAUCACACAGCCCAUAUCAACGUCUUCAUCUUUGGCGUCACGAAGGCAGUAUAGAUGCCCUUGCGGAAGGUUGCGUCAGCCACAUGGUCGCCGGUCAACAAAGGAUGAGCGGCAUGACAUGGCGGUGUAUAUCGUCAAGAAGGGGCGUUCUUUCAAAGGUGAUUACUUUAUAGCAUGGGCGGAGUUCCGCAAGCAGAAAGACUACAAGAGCCGAUCAACUAAGAGCUGGGUCAGGAUCUACCUGAACAACCGAGAAGAGAUCGAGGGAAAGGCUAAUGAGCUACGCGCGGAGCUAGGACUUCCUUGA